AUUUCCGCAGAGCAAGCGUUGACUCAUCCAGCCACCGACCACGACAACCACCACACAGAACAAGCCUGCUGGCAAGCAAGUCAAGAUGGGGUUGGCUGACUACAUCAAGAAGCGGGAGAUUGGCAAAGGGUCCUUUGGCGUUGUCUUUCUUACCGAAUGCAAGCACGAUCGCAAACGAUAUGUUGUCAAGAGGAUUGCCCUUGAGCGAGCGACAACCAAGGAGCAAAGGAACGCAUUCCAGGAGGCAAAGCUGCUCUCCACACUCAAUCACCCAAACAUUGUAUCGCACCGCGAAUCCUUCAUCAGCAAAGACAAUGCGUUCUUGUACAUUGUAAUGCAGUACUGCGAGGGCGGAGAUCUUUACACGCGGCUCAGGCAACAAGCCGCUACCGGUCACCUGCUGCCCGAAACCCAAAUCAUGGACUGGUUUGUGCAAAUUGGACUGGCCUUGCAAUACCUCCACGACAAGAAUAUCAUGCACAGAGACCUCAAAACGCAGAACAUCUUCCUCACAAAGAAACAAGUUGUCAAGGUCGGUGACCUGGGCAUCGCCCGUGUCCUGGAUUCAGAAGAUGACAUGGCCACAACAGUGACAGGCACUCCAUAUUACAUGUCACCCGAGCUCUACGCACGCGUGCCGUACAACAUCAAGUCGGACGUGUGGUCGUUUGGGUGCGUCAUGUACGAAGUCGCAACCUUGAAGAAGGCCUUCAAUGCAAAGGACUACAACGCAUUAGCCUUCAAAGUUUCAAAGGGGCAGAUCCAGCGGCUGCCCUCCGCGUACCCCGAUGACAUGGACACCCUGUUCGCUUCCAUGCUCGCUGUGGAGCCAGAUGACAGGCCAACAGUCAAGGAGAUCUUGGGUUCACCCUAUGCACGCAAACACAUGCACCGCUUUGUCCAGCAAUUUGCACAACGGAAAGCGAUGGCCGCACCGCGAUCAACGUCCUUGCCGGCAACACCCACGGAUGCAGUGUCUGCCAGCACGAAAGCCAAAGCAAUACCACAGAGCGUGCACAGACGAGUGAGCACCCCCAGGGAAGAAGGGGGCUCACCUGCGAGCUCGCGAUCCUCGUCACAACUGGCAACGCCCACCCAAGACGUGUUGCGACAGCAGCGACGGCUGGCGCGACAGAGAAAAUCCAUGGCGUCACAGGGAGAAGCUAGCAGCCAUUCAUCAAGCACCAUUGGCAGUGCUACGCCCAGAAAUGAGCCCCAGCAACCAUGGCGACAAGGCGAGGUCGAAGCAAGGCAUCCUGCCAACACAGAAAUAGAAGAAGAAGCUGGUGACGACGACGACAGCGAAUGGGAGGUCUCCACGGACGAUGCGGGAUCAAGCGAAGACGAACAGGAGGAUGACGGUCACACGGACAGCACAGAGCCGAUACGGCGUCACCGCAGGAAUGAGGGGCGUGCAGCGGAAGCUGCGCAGGAUGAGCUGGAUGAAACCACUUGUGCAGAGCUGUUGGAAUUGCAACUGUCAUUUGAUGUCGCUUCAGCCCUCUCUCCUUCUCCAGAUGUAUCGUUUUCGUAGAGUACAAUUUGUUUGUUGUUCAGCCACACAACAAAACCAAUACAACGAAAGCUG